UAUCUGUCUUUUCAUUUGCCUCCGUAAUAAAUUUUUGAAAUUGUAAAUUGGACUUUAUGGACACCCUGUAUAUCUCGAGGACGUUGAAAUCGGCAAAAAUUUUUCCCUCAAAGUAGUUUCAAACUCAUAAUUUUGACAACUUGAAUGAUCCUAAACGUCAAAUGCAACGCGUUUGCAAAAACGAUAACCAAACACACAGCCAAUAUCGAAAAAUAUUGAUUCCAUUGACGUGAUGUGUCAGUUGCCGGAAAUUUCAAAUAAAUCAACGUUCAUCAUGAGGCACGCAAGGAUCAAAUAACCGGUAACCGAAGGGUCGAAUGGACGAGCAGCACAAGCCCUGGCUUCGUCAUUUCUUUAUUAUUUCUGUUUCACUCCCUGAUUCGCAAUCAACGCGUAUGGCAUGAGGUAAUCAACAAAGAAAGGAGAAAGACAGAGAUAGGAAGAGAGAGAGAGAAAGAGAGAGGAGCAGGUGUUAGGUGUAUAGCAUACACGCGCACCGGUCCAAGAGAACACAGGGCCCAUUCUUCACGGACCACGGGCCUCGUUGCCAGCAAUUUCCUUUUUCUUCGGCUGCGGCAGAUGUGCCUGCUGGCCGGUGCAAAGGCACGCGGUACGAUAUACGAGAUAACGAAGAUUGUACGAAGGAUACUCUAGAGUGGAGCAAGGCAGGCAAGCUGCCAUUUAAACUCUCCCUCUGUAAAUUAUCGUAUUAACGAAGCAUUUUGUCGAAUUUGUCUUAUCGUUCGCUUCAAAACAUUAUACUAAUGUGCAAAAUCAUCUACAUUCAAAAUAUUGAUGAAAAAGGUGAAAGCAAUGCACGAGGAAAAUGGCGACCCAUUCUGUUUCACACCAUGUAGAGGCUGACUUUGGCGGUUCAAAAAAAAAUUAUAAUCCAACCCGUGCAAAUAUCUACAGUGAGAGAGACGAUACGGACGAAACCAUUUAUACAACAAUAUUUGCAAAUACAGGAAGAAUUUGAAAUCGGUGAUGAUAAUCUGCAUCACAUGGACGAAACAAGUUUAUUUUGGAGGAUGCUCCCCAAGCAGGUACUGACGGGUGCAAAUGAAAAAGGAGUUAAAAGAGAGUCGGAGGAAAAGAUUAAAUAUGAUAAAGCUACACUAGCGUUAUGUUCAAACGCAACCGGAAGCCACAGGCUACCCUUACUUGUGAUCAACAAACAUGAGAAACCUAGAGCGCUAAAGCACUGUAUAAAUCAUUUACCUGUGAAAUACACUCACAACGAGAAUGCCUGGAUGAAUACCGAAAUUUUUCAAUUCUGGUACCACAAUGAGUUUAAACCCUACGUUAGGAGGCGGCAAUUGGAAGAAAAUAAUAAUGGUAAGGUUUUACUGAUAGUAGACAACUUUAGUAGCCAUAAUUUACCAGAGGAGGAAAUGGACAAUGGUCAUUUCAAACUCAUGUUUUUACCGCCCAAUACCAGUUCCCUGAUCCAACCAAUGGAGCAAGGUGUAAUUACAAGAUUUAAAAAAACGAUUCCGGCAUAGAUUGUUACAACGCUUCUUUCAAUAUGAAAACGGACCGUCAGAAUUCUAUGCCGAUUAUGACAUAAAGGAUUGUAUAGACUUAAUAAAUGAAACGUGGAACGCUA